AUGUCCUCUCGCUUCGCCGCCGCGCGCCCCAAACGCGCCAGCGAAGCCUACGCCCGCGCCCACCACGGCGAAUCGCGUGCCAGCGACUCCGACUCCGGCCCUUCCAACAAGAAAGUCAAAUUCGACGUGCGCAACCCGUCCGCGCUUGCGCCCUCGGCGCACGAUGACGACCUAGAUGAAGCCGACGACGAGAUUCUCGCCGCCGACGUGAUCGGGGGUCUCUCACGGGCCACCAAGCGCGGCGCCGUCAACAUUGACGGAUACGACUCCGACUCGGACAAUGACAACCUGGAAGACCGGGCGGAAGCGCGAGGAAAGGGUCGCAAGAAGGGCAAAGAUGCCGAGGACGUGGAUCUGGCGGAGGUAAUGGACAAUUACAACAAGCCUUCCAACGGGGCACAAGGCGGGAAUGAUGACGACGACGAGGUGGACAUGUUCAACGACCUGGAAGACGACGACGGCGCCGAACCUACAACAGCCGGUGGCACCAAGAAAGGUAAAUCCGUGCACUUCCUCGCUGACACGGAAAUCGAAGGCCAAGACCUGUCCUCCAAAGCCGGCGGAAAAGUCACCAUCGACCCCGCGCACCAGCCUAAAGAAUCCGACGAAGACGACGACGACGACGGGGAUGACGAAGAAACCAUAGCAGCCGCCAUCGCCGAAGAGGGCAUCGACGAAGAAGUCGGCCUCGGCGGCCUCAAGAAACACGCGCCCAAGAUCGACGCCUUCAACAUGCGAGCCGAGCAGGAAGAGGGCGCCUUCGACGAGGCGGGCAACUUCAUCCGGCGCGCAGCCGACGCCAACGCCGUGCACGAUAAGUGGCUCGAGGGCCUGUCCAAGAAGGAAAUCAAGAAAGCGGCGGCGGCGCACGAGAAGCGCGAGGCGGAGCGCCGACAACAAGAGAGGGAGGACGACAAGAUUGCCACGGGCGAUUUACUUCGCAACCUGAUCUUGACGCUGGAAAAGGGCGAGACGGCGCUGGAAGCGCUUGCCAGACUUGGAAAGGACAAGACUAAAGGACCGAAGAAGGUGCCCAAGUGGAAGAUGAAGAAGCAGGAGCGGAAACAGGGGAUUGAUUCGAUGGACAUUGACGAAAAGAAACAAGAAGAAGCAGAGGACCCCAAACAGAAGAAGAUCAGGGAGGCGAUUGACGCCAUCACCGAGGCGGCGGAUAAGUUGCUGGGGAGGGAUUAUCCGGAUAUUUACGACAAGGAGCGGGAGUGGUUGGUGAGAGAGUAUCGGGCUGAGACGGGCGAGACUUGGAUGGAGCCUACUAAGCCCAAGGAGGAAGAAGAAAGGGAGGAAAAGCCAUUAAAUGGGAACGGGCAACCAAGGAUGUGGGAGUUUAGGUGGACGGAUGGGAGAGAUGGCGGAGGAGAAGGAGGAGGAGGAAGUCAGGGGCCGUAUGAUGGGCCGACUAUGAAGGCGUGGCAGGAUGCUGGAUACUUUAAGGAGGCGGUUGAGUUUAGGCCGGUAGGCGGAGGGGAGGGUGACUGGUCUAGGGUUGCGACGUUCGUAUGA